UCACUUCUGUCACCUCCCCCAGAAAGUCCUCAGGAAGGCUUCCUCCCUCUUCUGCAGUCCUGGCUGCACUUCCUGUGUCUCUGCUGCUCAGGCCCCUUGUCCAUUUCACAGCCUGGGCAGAGCCCCCAGGGUGGGAUGAGCAGCUGGCCUGGGCCUCAGAGUGGCAGAUGGGCUGAGCAUGCCGGAGAUGGGACCCCUCGGGACCCCAGGCCCAGCCCCCAGGAUCGGAGUGCAUCUCAGAAUGCAUCAGUUCCAGCCUCCCCCAGCAGGCCCAGCCCACACGCCUGCCCUCCCUGCCUCCUCUGUUCACUGAGUGCCACCCAGGGUGCAGGGGCCUGCCAGGGCGGUGUGCCCAGCAUGGGGGAGUGGGAAGGUGGAGGGUGGCCACAGGAGAACAGGACCACAGGGUAUAUGGGAGAGGCCAGAAACUGGGGGUGGGAGUGGGGGCCCAGCCCGGUCACCAUCACAACAGUCACCGAGUCCUGCGGUGCGAUCUCCUACCUGGCUGGGGCACCACCCUUCCCCAUCCACUCCUGGUGCCAGCCCCUCCUGCCACCCUGCCCCAUCCGCUCCUGGUCCCGGCCCCUCCUGCCCUCCCGUCUACCCCUGUUCAGUGGCCCAAGGAAGCUUCAACAGGAAAACCUGACCUCUCCUCUGCCUGCGAGGCCCUCCCUGCCCUGCUGUGAGGGAGUCGUGCCUGCCCUCCCGGGGCCUCCAUGCGCCUUCCUAGACUUGGUGAUGGUAAUGGUGCCCAGAAGUCCUGGGACUUCAUGAAGACGCAUGACAGCGUGACCGUUCUCUUAUUCAAUUCUUCUCGGAGGAGCCUGGUGUUGGUGAAGCAGUUCCGGCCAGCUGUGUAUGCGGGUGAGGUGGAGCACCACUUCCCAGGGUCUCUAGCAGCUGUAGACCAGGACGGGCCUCGGGAGCUACAGCCAACCCUGCCCGGCUCAGCGGGGGUGACAGUUGAGCUGUGUGCCGGCCUUGUGGACCAGCCUGGGCUCUCGCUGGAGGAAGUGGCUUGCAAGGAGGCUUGGGAGGAGUGUGGCUACCACUUGGCCCCCUCUGAUCUGCGCCGGGUCGCCACAUACUGGUCUGGAGUGGGACUGACUGGCUCCAGACAGACCAUGUUCUACACAGAGGUGACAGAUGCCCAGUGUGGCGGUCCAGGUGGGGGCCUGGCGGAGGAGGGUGAGCUCAUUGAGGUGGUGCACCUGCCCCUGGAAGGCGCCCAGGCCUUUGCCGACGACCCGGACAUCCCCAAGACCCUUGGCGUCAUCUUUGGUGUCUCGUGGUUCCUCAGCCAGGUGGCCCCCAACCUGGAUCUCCAGUGAGACUCCAGGGUUCUAGACAGAGGCCAGUCUUGGCCACUCACCCCACACCCUGCAGACCCCAAUAAAGGCUUGCAUAGCUCCA